AAUUCUGAAAAGGAACAGGCAUCAAAACAGAAAACUGAAGACUCAAAAAAAAGGCAGUGGACUCUGGAAGACUUUGACAUUGGCCGCCCACUAGGUAAAGGCAAGUUUGGAAAUGUCUAUUUGGCAAGAGAGAAGCAAAGCAAGUUCAUCCUGGCCCUGAAGGUGCUGUUUAAAACCCAGCUGGAGAAGGCAGGGGUGGAGCACCAGCUUCGGAGAGAAGUGGAGAUCCAGUCCCACCUGCGGCACCCCAACAUCCUCAGGCUGUAUGGGUAUUUCCAUGAUGCCACCAGAGUUUAUCUAAUUCUAGAAUACGCGCCCCUUGGAACAGUCUAUAGAGAGCUCCAGAAACUCUCCAAGUUUGACGAGCAGAGAACAGCUACAUACAUCACUGAGCUGGCCAACGCUCUGUCGUACUGUCAUUCAAAGAGAGUCAUCCACAGAGACAUUAAGCCAGAGAACCUGCUUCUUGGGCCAAAUGGAGAGUUGAAGAUCGCAGACUUCGGGUGGUCUGUGCACGCUCCAUCUUCCAGGAGAACCACGCUGUGUGGCACUCUGGACUACCUGCCCCCCGAGAUGAUUGAAGGCCGGAUGCACGAUGAGAAGGUGGACCUCUGGAGCCUGGGUGUCCUCUGCUAUGAGUUCCUAGUUGGGAUGCCUCCUUUUGAGGCACACACCCACCAGGAGACCUACAGAAGGAUAUCACGGGUUGAGUUCACAUUCCCCGACUUUGUGACGGAGGGGGCCAGGGACCUCAUUUCAAGACUGUUAAAGCACAACUCAAGCCAGAGGCUCACGCUGGCGGAAGUCCUAGAGCACCCCUGGAUCACAGCCAACUCCACAAAACCUUCAACUGGCCAAAAAACAAAGAGCUAACUAGCAAACCGUCUUACAGAAUCGGGGGCCACGGCCACUGCGCAACUGUGAGAAAUGCCCCAUCGAGACCUCCCGGACCAUCACUACUGCCCUCAGUAACCCUGGCCAAGCAGGCAGUCCUUGGCCUUGCAUCCAGGAAGCCCCACCUGAGCACAUGUGACAUUGCCCAAGCCCCAAGAACCAUGCUGCUUUUCCUGGUGUAGUAAUCUGAAGGGAAGGUUCCACUGCAGCUUCCCCUCGGCCUCUGCCCCCAAGGUGUCCUCGUGGGGUCUCACUGGGAAAGGUACCAGUCUGCCACCCUCCCUGGUGAUCACCUGUGUCCGUAGCCUUCAAGUGCCUGAGUGUGUGUGUAACUUAUUGGGUCGCCGGGCCUGGGAAAGCUGUUGGAAUGAGUAUGUAGUUUUAAAUGUUAAAAUAAAGAUUUGUAUAGACUUCCUUCUUCUUAAGUGGAUCCCCUUCAGAAUACCCGUUUUUCAGCCUUCUCAAGCCUGUAUGGGAUUCGGAUCCUCAACCACCACAAUGGAGCGCUCCGCCUGCCUUGGACUUGACUCAGGUGUUUCUAGAUGUUACAGGCUCUUUCUCAUGUUGGAGUUCUGUCAUGUAUGCAAACUUGUUAAAUAUAUAAAUGUAUGUAUAAUCUA